CACACACACUGAAGCUCACACACACUGAAGCUCACACACACUGAAACACGGUGAUCUCAGAGGAUCAGAUCGGUCACGUCAAGAAACACUCGAUGGAUGAGAAACGCGACAAAUCACUGAGAUAACUGUUACACCGCGGACAUAUUUGUGGAUAAACAGACGAGCACAGAGUUCAGGAGGAGACCAGAAGCAGCUUAAAGAGCAGGUGCACCAAAAGAACCUUAUAAACCUGUGUCCACAUCUCGUGCAGUGUUUCAACUGAGAAUGAAGCCCGUGUGGCUGGUGAUUCUACUCCUGACAGGCUGCUGUUGGGCUUCCCGUUUCAGUCGUGACUCAACUCGAGUUGCACUCAGCCGUGUUCCCAGUGACGAGGUAGAGAGCACGGCCUGGAAUGACUCCAACACAGAGCAGCCUGGGUCAAGGAACUCGCCACGCAUCCCGUUCCCACCUAUGUGUGCCAGACCCAGUGAGAUCAAGCACACAUUUAAGUACAUCAACACCGUCAUAUCCUGCAUGAUUUUUGUGGUGGGCAUCAUUGGAAACUCAACACUACUGCGUAUCAUCUACAAGAACAAGUGCAUGAGGAACGGGCCGAACGUGCUCAUUGGCAGCUUAGCUUUAGGAGAUCUCCUCUACAUCCUCAUCGCCAUCCCUAUCAAUGUGUUUAAGCUGCUGGCAGAAGAUUGGCCAUUUGGUGUGUACAUCUGCAAGCUAAUGCCAUUCAUCCAAAAAGCCUCAGUGGGCAUCACGGUUCUCAGCUUAUGUGCCCUCAGCAUUGACAGAUACCAUGCUGUUACUUCAUGGAGCCGAGUGAAGGGGAUGGGGAUUCCCUUAUGGAAAGCUGUGGAAGUAACACUCAUCUGGCUACUGUCAGUGAUCCUAGCAGUGCCUGAGGCUUUGGCCUUUGACCUAAUGGAGACAGUUUACAGAGGCCAGAAACUGCGGGUGUGCUUGCUUCAUCCUGUACAGACCACACCAUUCCUGCAGUUUUAUCAGGAUAUAAAGGACUGGUGGCUGUUUGGCUUUUACUUCUGUUUACCACUGGCUUGCACUGGUGUCUUCUAUACCCUUAUGUCAUGCGAGAUGCUGAAAAGGAAGAAAGGAAUGCGCAUCGCCCUUAAUGAUCAUAUGAAGCAGCGACGGGAAGUGGCGAAAACGAUAUUCUGCCUUGUGGUCAUCUUUGCUCUCUGCUGGUUACCUCUGCACCUCAGCCGCAUCCUGAAAAAGACUAUCUACAAUCCGACAGACCCUAACCGCUGUGAGCUCUUAAGCUUUCUUCUUGUGAUGGACUACAUCGGCAUCAAUAUGGCUUCCCUCAACUCGUGCAUCAACCCUGUGGCUCUCUACUUUGUCAGUCAGAAGUUCAAAAAUUGCUUCAAGUCAUGUCUCUGUUGCUGGUGCCAGAGGAACUCUCCAGCAAUUGAGCAGGGCUCAGGAGUCCACUGGAAAGGGUCAAGUCAUGGUAAUGGUCUGGAUCGGUCCAGCUCGCGGUCUAGUCAGAAGUACAGUUCCUCCUAAAUACUCCAUGAUGCCUCAGGUUCCUGGGUUUAGAAGCAACUAGAUUUGCUCUUAGUACCACAUCAAUGGUUCCUGAGGACUCAAACUGACACUGAUUCUCAUCAGACUUCCACUUCAAAGCUAGUAUUUGACUUGGAUGGCUGAGCAGUCUCACCACUUCUGAUCAAGAAGAUUUCCAACACAAAGAACACAUUUACAGGUUUUAUUCACAGACUAGCUGUGUGUUGUAAGAUAUCUAAGUCGCAUGUAGCCCAUGCAGGCUGGAUCCUGGUGGUCCAUGCUAGAGAUCUAAAUAUAGUACUGCCACUGGAUGGCUCCACUUUAGGGGACUUUAGGGGUUCAUGAUAAGACUGAAAUACUGAGACUGCACUGGAGUGAAGCACCAUGUAAAGUAAAUCACCUUGAGUUUCUGGUGUUCUACUUUACCUUAGACAAAGCUUAAGAACUUCCAUAAAACAACUGAAGUGUUGCUGGUGGAACAGCACUGAUGAUAUGCAUUGUACGUUGCAAUCUGUAGUAAUUUGAGCGAUAAGUCAUAAAAGAAAUGACUGUGUAAAACAUUUUGUUACAUUGAGGUAAACUGUGCAAGCUGUAUUAUUAUAGUAUUUUAGGAGGUGAUAAAACUGAUUGUUGUUUUAUCACUGCAGUGAUCAGCUGCACAAAAUCCAUAUUUUAUGUACAAUACAGUGUAACUGAUUUGCCUGCUACUAAAGGAAAUGUGUAAACUACUGGAUAUAAGCAAGGCAAACUUUUCCAUGUUUGCUUUUUAUAUAUAUAUAUAUAUAUAUAUAUAUAUAUAUAUAUAUAUAUAUAUAUAUAUAUAUAUAUAUAUAUAUAUAUUUAUUGAAUCGUGAAACCACCAUAUUAUUAUUACCUUGAUUCACUUUUGUUAAAAAUAAAGAAAUAUAAUAUUUUAGUGCAUUCUUUAUUGUGUAUAUAAGAGCGCCAAUAUUGCCUGUAGAUGUAGUAAUGGUGGUAAGUAAGUAGAGACCCAGUUCAGUCUUCAAUUUGAAAAUAUAUCUUAUUACUGAACUACUAACACUAAUCUGAUUUAAUGUGACAUUUAGCCAUUGACAUGGCUUCAAUGUUAAACUGUUCUAUACCCGUUUUAAAUAUUUGGUGUAUUUACCCCCACCCCAAAAAAAAGAAAAAAAAAAAAGAGUGUACAUUCAUUUAUCCUCAAAGGAUUCUAUUUUUCAUUAUUAACAAUGCUUUUAUAUUGUACCAGCUUAGUAAAUAGGCUGCAAUAAAUGCUAUUUUAUCACA